AUGAGCGAACCUCACCAUCAGAGCACAGCCACGGGUCCCGAACACAAAGAGCAUCAUAGCACCUCCCGCAUCCAUAUCUCACACCUACUCUGCUCCAUUGAAGCUACAGAACCUACAGAGUCUGCGCCCUGGGACUCCCCACGGACAGAGACCCUCCAUCUCGAAGAUCCAUCCCAGCAGCGCAACCAACCUCGCACACUCCAACAGUCAGCAGAUAUCAAUCGCAAGCCAGAACACCAUCAACAGCAGGACUCGGAUUCUGAUUCUGAUACAGAGGAUCAAUACGACAACCGUUCAUUCACAUCCCCACUAUCCACCUUUAACAAGACCCCAGUUGAAUCCAGUCCUGUCAACCACCUUGCCAAGAACUUCUCUUACUCCUCCAGCCUCACAUCACCCUCAGGACGAGCGGGCUAUGCAUAUCCUCACACAACAUCGCCACGGCACCCGAUGGACGUGCACGAUCGACGCGACUCGGGUUUGGGACGGCGAGAACUCGAUAACCGAGAGUCGACUCAUUCUGCCUACACACAUCCUUAUAAGGCUUUAGGCCGCGAGCCACUGUCACGCAGCAUCAUCCCAGAGCGGGGCCCACCUACGUCGCCACCAUCCACUACGACAGACCCCGGAUACUUCGCCUCUCGUCCAACCUCUUCCGGGCAACGAUCGGCCUCACUGAGUACCAACCUAUACCAUGACCAGCUCUAUCCCCACGAAGUCGAACAGCAGCAACAACAGCGCAGAACCGACCGUUCCAAAAGCGACUAUGCUCUCCAUCAGCAGAACUACGGACCCUACUUGGAUGCGUCACCUACGAUGCCUCCAGCAGCGUUGUUCUCCUCAAGUCGCCCUCCCGUAUACCCGCAGCAUCCUAAUGAGCUUUCCACGCCACCGCCCUCGCUGCCAAAGCCAUCCUACUUCCGCGAACAUGUCACUUCACCUGAGGACCAUUCACGGCCUCCUUACCCUAACGCCCAUCCUUCCUACCGGUCCAUUCAGAACGACCCUCGGCGGCCCAGCCAAGGAAUAAUCCUGCCGCCACCUGAUGCCAUGCUUUCAUUGGAAACAAAAAAGUCUGCGAGGAUCUACGGACGUGAUGCCGCGGAUGGCCCUGGCUUAUCCUCGUUCUCGUCAUUCACUCCCAAGCCCUCAUACGACACGGCUGACCAAAACAGGAUAGACUAUGUUCGGAGGCCCUCCACGCAGAAUGUUACCAAGGGCUUUGAGCACUACGCCGAAGAACGUCGAGCUUCUUCAGCAACAUCGUAUCCUCACGACAACCAGUCCCGCUAUCAGAGCUCGGCCAUGGAUCGACCUUCAUACGACUACACAUCUUACGACAGCCGGCGGCCCUCAGCGGCAGUACCUCCACCACCGGCCCCUCAGCCACGGUCAUCAGACCGCAGUGGGCACUCGCCAAGGAUGGAUAUUCAGCCUCCUAGCUGGUAUCAGCAGUACGCUAAUGCCGUCCCCCACAAGUCCCAGACCCGGCCUUCUUUUGCACAGGAAAACACGUCUCUGUACUCCUCACGCGAUCAGCGAGAGUCAGGCGCUGGUUCGUCGAUGGAUAUACAACCUCCAAGUUGGUAUCAGCAAUAUGCCCAUGCCGUGCCGUCCAAACCUCAGCCUCGAACACCCCAUACGCAGGAAGACUUGUCUAUGUCCUCUCCGCGCGAUCGCCGAGAAUCGGGUGUGGGUCCAUUGUCUCAGCACCGAGCGCAUCCCGACUCUUGGUCUCCUAAAUCGAUCUUGCCGCUGACACCUCCCACAGCCGAAAAUGACCUGCGACGAAUGAGCUCUUCUGUUGGUGGGGAUGGCUACGGUCAUUCAUCGUCAAAGCCCGGCCCCAAGAGCUCAGCCCAUUCUGUUCACCCCUUUGACCUGCCAGUCGACAAUCCAGCCUCGCCCUCAAAGGCCAACAAGAGAGAGCGCGAUCAGGAGGAUGACCAAGCCAUGCCCGAGGAUGGCGUGAAGGCCAAGCGCAAGCGAGCCAAUGCAGAGCAGCUGUCAGUCCUGAAUGCGGCCUUCGAGCGAUCCUAUUUCCCGUCGACUGAGGAGCGUCUGCGCCUUUCGAAACAAACCAAGAUGUGCCCUCGAACCGUGCAAAUUUGGUUCCAGAACAAACGACAGAGUGUCAAGGCUCGAACAGAUGCAAUGGAUGUCGCUUUGGCGUCGACUCUUGCGGGACGUCGUCGAGCUUCCCAGGCUGUUGAUCGACCUUCGAUGGAGGAAAGGCGACUGGAUGCUCGCAGGCAGAGCAGAGGCGGAAUGGGCGAGAUGAUGAUGGGAGGACACCACCGACAGACGAGCUCGCCACUUUCUCAGAGCACCACCAACACCAACAUCGUCACCCCCAUCCAACAUGGCGAGAAGCGCCGACGGUCAGGCCCUCUAACACCUGCGGAUCAAGACGCGACUGUGGAUUCGCUCCAGAUUCAGCUCGAUGGACGCAGUGUCGAUUACUUUUCAAGAAAGCGUCGUGCGACCAUUGCCAAGAUGGAACAGAACCAGAGUCCCUAA